AUGGAGGGUACGGAGCUCGCCACGGAAAAUAAAUCAAAUCCUUUUAAGUCCUUUAUAGCGGGUGGCGUGGGUGGAAUGUGCAUGGUGCUCGUCGAACAUCCCUUGGACACAAUAAAGGUUCGCCUUCAAACCAUGCCAAUGUAUAAGGGAGUUGUAGAUUGUACGGCCCAGAUCUUUCGCCAAGAGGGUUUCCGUGGAUUUUACAAAGGAGUAACUGCUCCCCUGAUGGCGUUGACUCCCAUCUUUGCCGUGGACUUAGCGGUCUAUGCUGCGGGAAAGCGAUUUUUCCAAAAGGACGACCACUGCAGGCUCACCUAUACGGAGAUCUUCAUCGCCGGAGGCGUGGCCGGCGUUUGUUCCGCCCUCGUCCAAGUGCCCAGCGAUCGGAUAAAGAUUCUCCUGCAGACACAGUCCGUGACCAGAGGACCACAACUCUAUAAUGGAACCAUGGACACAGCCGUAAAGCUUUAUAAGCAAGGUGGGAUUAGGAGCCUUUUCAAAGGAACCUGUGCCUGCAUUCUGAGAGAUUGGCCCAACGGAAUUUAUUAUGUGACCUACGAGUUCCUCCAGGAAUUGGCCAGAAAGAAUUCCAAGACUGGGCAGAUCAGCGCCACUUCAACGAUUAUUUCUGGCGGAACGGCUGGAAUUGUGUUUUGGGCCUUGGCCGUACCCAUCGACGUACUUAAGAGCCGCCUUCAGUCUGCACCAGACGGCACUUACAAGCACGGCAUUCGAAGCGUUUUCCGAGAACUAAUGGCCACAGAAGGUCCCAAAUCUCUAUUCCGCGGAAGUGUCCCCAUUUUACUAUUAGCGUUUCCCUCCGUCGCCGCAUUUUUCUGUGGCGUGGAGCUAACCAAUGCUUUAUUAAAAUCGAAGACUUAA